CUCAUUCUGUCUCCCUCUGUCACUUUCUCUCUCUGGUGGUGGUAAUCUUAACCACUAAAAGGUGCUAACUUCUAUUAAGCUGUCAGAGCUCAGUGUGUAAACCAAUCCGGCCAAUCACUUAUCAGCGGCACUGACAGACUGAAACAGUGUCAUUGUGGUAACCAGAGACAUACACACACACUCAUGCACCAGCACACAAAUAUACACACAUACCAUGCACAAAUUUCCACUCAAACACUGUACAGAAUAUACUGUACACUGAUGAGGAGACAUGCACAACUAUUUUUUACGACUUGAAAGACAUUUUUAUGAAUGCAUACACACGUGUGCAUAUUUGUGGUGUAGGUAUGAUAGGUGGGUUAUUUUUGGACAGUGGUGUAGAGUAGCACAGUAAAGCUGAAGUCCAGGUAACCAUAGAAAGUGAAAUAUGACCACACCGUUCAGUCCAGCACAUUACUCUCAAUCUCUACCACACACACACACACACACACACACAGAUAUAAAUAAAAGAGAAGGAAUUUAAAAAGUAAAUUGAUACUGUUGUGUUAGAUUUUGUGGCUGUGCUGUUAUUGUUGCGCUAUAUUGCAGCUUACUCCCAUUUAUUUCAUUAUUUUUGUUUCAUAAGGCAGCUUGCCAAUUGUGCACCUAUUGCGUCUAGUCUAUUAACAUACUUAUACAUAGUAUGAAAUGGAUAUGGAUAAUUGAUCAUUAUUUGCUUGAAGUAACCCCAUUCUCUGUUUCUUUUUGUGUCUCCCGUCAUCAGGAGGAGAGACGUUCCUUUUGCCAUACUCCUUCUUGGUCAUGGCUCCUCCUCCUUGCCUCCACCUUCUCCUCCUGCUCUUCCUUCUUCUCCUCUCUACACAGGUGUACGCGGACAGCAGCAUUCACGAGAACAGCAAUAGGAGCGCAGAUAGUCCCAAGAGAUCCUGUGCUGAUAAGGUCACAUGUCAACCAGGGAUUCUACUUCCUGUCUGGUUGCCGCUUGACCCCUCACUGGGUAUGCAGACAUUAAGAGCAGUCAUCUACUUCUCAGCUCUACUCUACAUGUUCCUGGGUGUGUCCAUCAUUGCUGACCGCUUCAUGGCCGCCAUUGAGGUCAUCACCUCACAGGAGAAAGAGGUGACUAUGACAGGUGCGAAUGGAGAGAAGACAGUAGUGACAGUUCGAAUCUGGAAUGAAACAGUCUCAAACCUCACACUUAUGGCCAUGGGUUCAUCAGCACCUGAGAUACUGCUUUCUGUGAUAGAGGUGUGUGGGCAUGGUUUUCAGGCAGGAGAACUGGGUCCUGGCACUAUAGUGGGCAGCGCAGCAUUUAACAUGUUUGUGAUAAUCGGCAUCUGUGUGUUGAUGAUACCCGACGGAGAGGUGAGAAAGAUUAAACAUCUCAGAGUCUUCUUCAUUACUGCGUCCUGGAGCAUAUUCGCAUACAUCUGGCUCUACCUCAUCCUGGCAGUCAUAAGCCCAGGUGUUGUACAGGUGUGGGAGGCAACGGUCACUCUGGCCUUCUUCCCUUUGUGUGUACUCAUGGCGUGGAUCGCUGACCGGCAGCUUCUCUUUUACAAAUACAUAACCAAACGUUACCGUGCCGACAAACGUCAUGGUAUCAUUGUGGAGAUGGAGGGCGACCUCGCACCCAGAGGCAUUGAUGCCAUUAUGGGGGAAAAAUAUCAAAACAGCAGUACCAGUGUUCAUGUUGAGACAAAUAAAGUACAUGAACAGGACAGAGAGGAGGUGAUCCGCAUGCUGAAGGAACUGAGACAGAAGCAUCCAGACAAAGAUCUGGACCAGCUUAUCGAGAUGGCAAACUACAGCACCAUGCAGAAACAGCACAAGAGCCGAGCCUUCUACAGGGUGCAGGCCACACGCAUGAUGAUCGGUGCGGGAAAUGUACUAAAGAAACAUGCCGCAGCUGGACAGGCGAAGAAAGCAGCCGCUGGUUUAGCUGAGGAUGAUCUUGCCACCUGCGCUCACAUCGCAUUUGAGCAGGCGCAGUAUAAGUGCAGUGAGAACUGUGGGAGCAUCAGUCUGUGGGUCUGCCUGCGGGGGGGAACAGGCACCAGAACGUUUAAUGUCGAUUACAGGACGGAGAACGGGUCAGCAAGUGCUGGGGCAGAUUAUGAUUAUUGUGAGGGAAUCCUGGUGUUUCUGCCUGGAGAUACACGCAAAGAAAUAAAGGUGGGUAUUAUUGACGAUGAUGUGUUUGAAGAUGAUGAACACUUCUUUGUGCGUCUCUCAAACCUGCGAGAGGGAGAGGAGGGGGGAACCACUGAUGCUGCCCGACUGGUUGAACCCUACGUUACCACAGUAACCAUCCUGGAUGAUGACCAUGCAGGGAGCUUCUCAUUCGGUCGGAGGGAGCUCUGUGUGGGUGAAUGCUCGGGUGUGGUGGAGGUGCCUGUGAACCGGACCACAGGUGUGCGAGGGACUGUGGUGAUUCCGUAUCACACGGAGGACGGUUCGGCACGACAGGGUGUUGACUAUGAACACACACAAGGAGAGCUGGAGUUUACCAAUGAACAGACUAGUAAGAUGCUACAGGUGCGCAUCAUUAACAUGCAGGAAUUUGAGAAGCGAGAACAUUUCUACAUUGUCCUUGAAGAACCCAAAUGGCUCAAGAGAGGCAUCUCAGCCACUGCUGGUCCACAGCUGGACGUAGCCAGACGUAUAGCAGAGAAAGGAAAGCCAAUUCUGGGUGAAAACAGCAAGCUAGAGAUCAUUAUAGAGGAGAGCAUGACCUUCAAGGUCCGACAGGGAAUGGCCCCUAAUGGAGUCUUAGAUGUGAAUACUGUAGAUCGUCUGUUGAAGGAUACUAAUCUUGCAGAAGUAAUUGGCACACACUCCUGGAGAGAGCAGUUCAUCGAAGCAGUAACAGUCAGUGCAGGAGAAUGUGAUGAAGAAGGAGGGGAGCCUCAGCCGCCAUCUUGCUUUGAUUAUUUCAUGCACGUGUUUUCUGUGUUCUGGAAGGUUCUGUUUGCCUUUGUUCCACCCACAGGGUACUGGAAUGGCUGGGCCUGCUUUAUUGUGUCCAUUCUGGUUAUCGGCAUGCUAACUGCUGUCAUCGGAGACUUGGCAUCUCAUUUUGGCUGCACGGUGGGACUUCGUGACACCGUCACGGCUGUGGUGUUUGUUGCCUUAGGAACUUCCAUACCAGAUACGUUUGCAAGUAAGGUUGCCGCUACACAGGAUCAGUAUGCAGAUGCUUCUGUUGGAAACGUAACCGGUAGCAACGCCGUUAAUGUCUUCCUUGGGAUUGGUGUGGCCUGGUCCAUUUCAGCCAUUUACUGGGAGGUCAAAGGUCAGGUGUUUUACGUAGACCCUGGAUCACUCGCCUUCUCCGUCACACUCUUUACCAUCUUUGCCUUUAUCAACAUUGGUGUGCUGAUGCUACGGCGACGGCCAUCGGUGGGCGGAGAGCUGGGAGGGCCCAAAGUGCCGAAGAUUCUGACAGGAAUGUUGUUCAUCGGAUUGUGGCUUCUCUACAUCACAUUCUCCAGCCUUGAGGCCUACUGUCACAUCACUGGCUUCUAAGGACAUAGAAAGAAUGAAACAAAGCUAACUUAGACUUGCUAUGAACAAAAAUGGCAUACAGACGAUGUUGUGAGAGAAAUCAUGGCGGUAUUAACUAUGUUUUCCAUGGUAAUCUGUACACAGUAUGCACUGUUUGUUUACACAAAGACUGUAAGUUUGCAGCAUUAAUUGCACAAAUGGGUGUGUUGGUGUCCAACAAUGGUUUUAAAGACAAUCAAUGCAUAAUAGAGUUAUUAUGAAGUUGAACAUUUUACUAUGAGAUUACAUCAUUCUACAUUGGAUGGAGGACACACUUCUUUAUGCAGCACUUUUGAUGAGGACUGUGUCAUUUUAUUGUCAAUCACAUGGAGUCAUUUGUUUGGAAAUCCUGUGAUCAUGUGCACUGUUGAUGCCGCAUAGGAGUGAACAAAAGAAACAAGUGAGAAUAGAAACUAAACUUGUUCUCACAGUUUCAAUGAUGAAUAUCAAGCACUGAUGAUGAUUAGCCAUUAUGAAA